AUGACAAUAACGAUGUCAAAUCUUCCAACGGAUUUAGUAGAGGAGAUUAUCUCUAAGGUUCCUUUGAAAUCUAUGAGAGGAGUGCGAUUAACUUGCAAAAAGUGGAACGAUUUGUUCAAAAGCCGGAGCUUUACGAAGAUGCACAUUGGCAAACAAGAACAAGCAGCUAGGGAAUUAGGUCAAACUCGGAUGAUCAUGAUGAUGGAUUACAAUGUUUAUUUAAUGGGCAUUGUCCUCAAUGAAAAUCCAUCCACAGAGUCUCUAGAUAAACUUACGUGCCUACAAGAUUCAGAACAAGUCAAAAUUUAUCAAGUCUUUCAUUGUGAGGGUUUAUUGUUAUGCAUCUUGAAAGAUGAUGAUACUAAGGUUGUUGUUUGGAAUCCGUAUUUGGGGCAAACGAGAUGGAUCCAAACCAGAAAGUAUUACCACGCUAGUGGAGGGAAAGGACGAGAUUUUUACAAGUACGCUCUAGGAUACAAAAAUAAUCGCAAAAGAAAAUCUUGUCGUAGCCCUAAAAUCUUGAGGUUUAUAGAUGAUUUCAACCGUUACCCGAAGAACCCUGCUUUACGGUAUGAAAUCUACGAUUUUGAUUCCGAUUUAUGGACUACUCUUGAUGUCUUUCCACACUGGCGUAUAUUGUCCCACCAUGGCAUUUCUCUCAAGGGAAACACUUACUGGGGCGUUGUAGAACGGAACGCAAAGGCACACAUUAAACAUAUAAUCUGUUUUGAUUUUACAAGUGAGAGAUUUGGACCGUUUCUGCCUCUUCCUCUGCCGUUUAGGGAUUGGAAGGCACAAUGUGUUUCUCUAUCUUCAGUUAGAGACGAGAAGAUCGCGGCUUUCUUUCAAGAAAGGGGAACAUAUAAAAUUGAGAUAUGGAUUACGACUAAGAUUGAGACCGAAAAUGUCUCUUGGAGCAAUUUCUUCACAACGAAUAUGCCAUCAUGUAUUGGCUAUAGGCUUAAGAGUUUCUUCAUUGAGGAGGAGAAACAAGUUGCUGUUGUUUUUGACAAAGAAGGAAAAAAUCUAUGCGAUACUAUUCAUAUCAUUGGAGAGGCUGGAUGCUUGAGGAAAGUGGAGCUUGGAGAACCCACAGAAAAAAAGUGUUUGCCACUUGUGUGCUCUUAUGUUCCAAGUAUAGUGCAAAUCAAGCUACAUAAAGAAGGCAAAAGGAAAGAACAAAGCGAUUAGGAAAGACAUCAAUAUGAUCAAAACAUGUUAGACGAGAGUUGAUUAGUCUCAAUUUACAAAGUCUAGGGUUU